AUGAUUUACGUGGGCUUCCUGCACCACUGGGCUCCGAUCAUAUUCGGAAUUCUCUCUUAUAUCUGCAACUCAAUUUUCGUCUACAUCGUUCUCAAGAAAACUCGUUCUUCGUUCGGUGCCUACAAGUAUAUGCUUAUGAGUUUUGGAAUCUUUGAUAUCAUGUACUCCACAGUGGAUAUGGUUGUUGCUAUGGGAUCUCAUAGUGAAGGAAAUACAUUCUGUCUCUUUGUUUCGCAUGGACCGUUUGCAGAGGAUCCAGAAAUGGGUUUUGCUGCUCUCUGUGUUCGUUGCAUGUUCUUCUCACUCAGCUACGGAGUCCUUGAAGUUCAUUUCAUCUACCGUUACGUGGCACUCUGCCGUCCACAAUGGAUUCCAGCUUUCGCGGAUCCAAAAUGGAUUACUGCGAUGGCUCUUGGAGUGAUGGGACAAGGAAUUGUUUGGUUUUGCUCGGUUUACUUCUGUAUGUGGUCAGAUGAUGAGAUGAGAUCUUAUCUAGAAGUUCCAUUCCGUCGGGAUUAUAAUGCAGAUGUCUAUAAAGUUCCGAUUCUGGGUAGCACUUACUGGGGAGCAUCUACUGGAUUGAUUGCGCGGACAUCGGCUGGAAUAGUUAUCAUUUCGAUCAUUUCAUGUUGGACAAUCUACUUCUGUAUAUGGAUUGGAUGGACUAUUCACUCAAAGCUAAGUGUGGUAGAAAUGAGCAAAACAACAAAGAAAAUGCAUCGGAAUCUUCUGAAAGCUCUGGCAAUCCAGACAUUCAUCCCAUUCGCAAUUAGUUACAUCCCAUGUGUUUUCGCCUGGACUGUUCCACUGAUUCAUGUAGACUCAAAAAGCCUGAACAACUACACCGCAGUCAUCGCCGUUGCAGCAUUCCCAUUUAUUGAUCCUCUGGCGAUUAUUCUACUUCUUCCGGACUACCGUAACGCCUUCUUCAAAAUCUUUGCACCUUGUAUGCUUCGUCCAUCAAAAACCAAUCCAGAAACUACUGCUGGAGAAAGCUCGAAGAUUUGA